AUGAAUGCUGCCAUGCUUAAUGUGGACGGUGUGGACAACAUGAAAGUACAAACUGAUUUUUUGUAUUGCCAUGCAGGACCAGAACAAUGUCCGCGAAGUAGCGGACAGGUGAAUUAUGCAGAUGCCGCGCUGAAGCUACUGCAUCCGAGUCAGUCAUUGACAAUAGACAAGGUAGACGUUUCGGGUGCCUGGAAUAUAUUUAAAAUGACAAUGAGCAUGGCAGAAGCAAAGCCGGAGUGCCGUAGUGUUCGAAGUGCAGCGCUCGUCAAGGAUGUCUGGUGUACCAUUCAGACUGCACGUGUCGAUAUUCUUAUUGAGCUCAUGAUGCCACUUCGAAAUGUGUAUGGUGCAAUACCCCCAACCUCAGAUCAGAGUAUUAUUGUUAUUCCAGGGGAGGUGGUAAUGCCAGGCCUGACUGCGUAUGGCGCUUCACCCAGUAUAUUCGAUCAGAUUAAGAUGGCCAUUCCGGGGGCCGUGCUCAACGUCAAGUUGGAGGAGAAGCUGUUGGGAAAUGGUGAUCAUUUAGCACACAUCCUGCAGCUUGCUGAAAUCAGAAUUCAAAAUAUCAGUUCAAUCAUAGACGACAUUAAGCGAUCAUUUCCCAAAGCAGCCUUUGACGACUGGAGGAAAUGGGUUCUGGCGAACACUGGAAUGCUUCUACAACAGGCAAUUCAGCAGCGCGGAGAAAAACAAUGUCAAUGGUAG